AUGUUGGUCGGUCGAACUGGUCUGAUUGCUUCGUUGUUGCUCAGUGGCGGUGCCCUGGCUUCAGUACACGCACACCAUGAAGAGAAAAUCACUCCCAAGGUGUUCAUUGUGUCGAUGUUCGAACCUGAGGGCGCAGCCUGGUGGGACAUUCCCGAAUUCGACCUCCUUGCGCACAACAUCACGGUUCCUGGUCUGUCGCCUAUCUACCCCGAUGUUCACUGCACCGAAAAUUACGAGAUCUGUCAAUUGAUCACUGGUGAAUCGGAGAUCAAUGCUGCAACCACCGUUGCUUCCGUCGCCUUCUCUUCGCUGUUCAAUCUGACUCAGACAUAUUUCUUCAUUGCCGGUAUUGCUGGCGUUAACCCUGAACGGGCCACCACUGGCUCCGCGACAUUUGCACGAUACGCGGUCCAAGUUGCAUUGCAAUACGAGAUCGACAUUCGCGAAUUACCCAGCACCUACCAAACCGGAUACUUUCCCCUAGGAUCAGAUUUCCCCAACCAGUAUCCCAGCAGCAUCUAUGGCACCGAGGUCUUCGAGGUAAACGACGACCUCCGGAAGAUCGCUGCCAAGUUCGCCCGUCAAGGCAACUUAUCUGAUUCAACUACUGCCCAAGCCUACCGCGCACACUACGCGACUUCUAGCGGACAGUACAAGGCUGCCACUCUCCCACCGUCUAUCGUGGAGUGCGAUGUCGCAACCUCGGAUGUGUACUACAGCGGAAACAUCCUUGGCAAUGCAUUCGCCAACACCACCAAGCUAUUCACCAACGGUACCGGCGAUUACUGCACCAGUGCGCAGGAGGACAAUGCCACCCUCGAGGCUCUCCUUCGUGCUGCCGUUCACAAGCUCACUGAUUUCUCCCGCAUUAUUGUGAUGCGUACCGCUUCGGACUUUGAUCGUCCCUAUCCUGGCUCCUCUGCCACUUACAACCUCCUCUAUGCUGAGGCCGGUGGCUAUGAGCCUGCCAUUGCGAACAUCUACCGUGCCGGUAUCCACGUUGUUCAGGGUAUUUUGAACAACUGGGAAAGUACCUUUUCUUGUGGUGUGGAGCCUUCCAACUACAUCGGUGAUAUUUUCGGUACUCUGGGUGGUCAGCCCGAUUUCGGCCCUGGACGCGCCGAGGCUCUGGUGAACAGCGGAGCUUACAAGAAGCGAAGCAUGGAGAACCGUCUUCGUCGCAAGUAA